CAGACCCGGCCUCGGCCGACGCGCCGCAGCGGCCGCCGCCGCCUAUCAGCGGAGUGCAGGGGCGGGGCCGGCUGGGUUCGGCGGCGGCUCGGCCGCGGGCGGGGACGGGCGGGGACGGGCGGGGGACCGACCGCCGAGCAGCUCCAGCCGCUGCGCGCAUACACCCGGCCCGGCUCCCGAGGGCGCCAGCGCGGCCCCGGGGAGCGCGAGGAGCCGGCGAGCGCGCGGCCUGCCGUUGGCGGCCUGGUCCGCCACGCUCGGCGCCCACCCGUCCCCGAGCUGCUGUCCAAGCCCCCGGGAAGAUGGUGUCCUGGAUGAUCUCCAGAGCCGUGGUGUUGGUGUUUGGAAUGCUUUAUCCUGCAUAUUAUUCCUACAAAGCUGUGAAAACAAAAAACGUGAAGGAAUAUGUCCGAUGGAUGAUGUACUGGAUUGUGUUUGCUCUGUAUACUGUGAUUGAAACAGUAGCAGAUCAAACAGUUGCUUGGUUCCCCCCUGUACUAUGAGCUUAAGAUGCCUUUGUUGUGUGGCUGCUCUCUCCCUAUACCAAAGGAGCAAGUUUAAUAUAUAGGAAAUUCCUUCAUCCACUUCUGUCUUCCAAGGAAGGUCUGUUUGUUUCUCCCCAGGAGAUCGAUGACUAUAUUGUACAAGCCAAGGAGCGGGGCUAUGAGACGGUGGUCAACUUCGGGCGACAAGGGUUGGCUUUCGCAGCCACUGCUGCAGUGACAGCAGCAGUGAAGAGCCAAGGAGCAAUAACAGAACGUUUACGAAGUUUUAGUAUGCAUGAUCUAACAGCUAUCCAAGGUGAUGAGCCUGUGGGACAGAGACCAUUCCAACCUCUACAAGAAACAAGAAAGAAAAGUAAAUCAGUCUCCGGUGAAUCAGCAGGUUAUGGAAUUCCACUGAAGGACGGAGACGAGAAAACCGAUGAAGAAGCGGAGGGGCCGUAUUCAGAUGAUGAGAUGUUAACGCACAAAGGGCUGCGAAGAUCGCAAAGCAUGAAAUCUGUGAAAACCGUGAAAGGCCGCAAAGAGGUGCGAUAUGGAUCCCUAAAAUACAGAGUGAAGAAGAGACCACAGGUGUAUUUUUAGUCAUCUGCACUUAAAGAAUCCCAAGACAAGUUACACUAAUACAUUGACUUUUUUGCUAACGUUAUUCAUUCAGGAUUUACACAUUAAAAUAAUACUUUAAAUUGUGGUGGUGAUAGGGUUUAUUUUCAUCAAUUUUUUAGCUUUUAUUUCUUUCACCAUUACUUCCAUAUCCUGACUACUAAAGGUAGUUAUGCAAAGCUUAUUUAUGUGUAUGUAUAUAUAUCUCAGAAGUAAUAGAAAAUUGUGUUACCUGUUUUCAAAGUCUUCAACGACACUGAGUGCCUGGGAUGUUAAGAUGAAACACAAGCCCACAGAAUACUUGAAAAGAGUCCUUUUAUGGUUUAAGAUACAUCAGCCUUUGUGCUGUUGUAUUUGUGUUUACCUCCAUUUAUAUUCUGUCGAUCACAUGAGGAUAGUAAUUAAAUAGGCCUCUGAUCCAGCAGUGAUAGGACAAGGGCAUAAUGUAAGAUACAGCGUGUUUUAUGUAUUCUUUAAAUUUUUACUUUUUUAAUACUUUCUGGUUUUUCCACCAUUGACUGAAAGUUUUCAAAACAAAUAUUUGAAAGCCAGGUUUCCACAUAGCACUUUUAUUCCUGACUAGUUUUGCACACUUGAAAAUUGUUUACUUAUUUGCAACUGUAUGUUUAAGUUUUAUUGACACUGUCUUUAUUUUUAUUUGUCACAUCCCGACAUGUCACAUGUAUGCCUUGAAUUUUGUCAUCUCUUUUCCUGUGGGUUUCAUUUAAGUUCAUUAGAUUCUAAUAAUAUGAAACUACAGCUCAUUGUUCAACUUGAACUAUUUUUAACUAUCUAAUCCUCUGUAGGUAAGAAACUGUUUUAAACAUCUGCCAGUUUUCCAUACAUCAUAGUUGAACUCAGCAUGUUCUUGUUAACACUGGUUACAUUUUCAGCAUUUAGAAAUAGUUUUUGUGAAACAGGGUCCUGAAGUUAUCCAGCAGUUGGUCCACUCACAUGCCUAGCACUGAUAAGUGCUGCUGAUUUAUAAAUCUAUAUUGACCAGAAUCACUUAAACCUCCCAUCUCCUGGCUGAUUUCAUUUCCUGAAGAUAGGUGCGAAUGCAAAAUGCAGAUAUUAAUCUUAUGUACUAGAAGCUACUAGAAUAGAUAUUAGAAAAAUGUUUUUUAAUCCAAGAGAUUUUGAGUUACGGAACGCGGAGGCUUUUUUAGGUGGAAUUGAUAAACUAUGCAUUAUGAAGUCUCUAUUUCUGGUGGUGGUUUUAGUGAUCAGUAGUCAGAUUCGUACAGUUAAUUCAGGUAAUUGACUUGACUGUUCUGUUUGUCAAAAAGAAAAAACCAAUGAUGAGAUUUGUGAUAUCUUUUACUGUUCUACCUUUUUAAGAAAUGAAACCAGCUGGCAAUGUAUAUUCAGGACCUCUUCAGAGUGUUGGCAGAGAACAGAAUGUUUAUUUAAGAGUACCUUAGUUUAAUCAAUACACUGCUCUUGAUACAAGUCUUAAAACAUUUUCUGGACUAUCUCACAUUCUUGAUAUAUAACAUCAAGAAAAAAUUCGCUCAACUUCUUUUCUCCAAAAGUUUAAUUCCAUGAAUAUCUUCAUCUGCUUUACCUUGACUAAUUUGUAGCCUUUGAGUUUCUAGAAAAAUUCUCUAAUUUGUGUUCAAAAUUGCUAGGAAUUCUGAUUAUAAACUCUUGGAAGAGAGUUUUACAUAUAUUGCCUAAUACCAGACUUAAUACAAAUGCUUCUCCAUGUUUGUCUUUCCUGCCCAAAGGCGGUGUCAUGUCAAGUUGCCUGACAAGGUCAUGUAAGUGACUCUACAUGAAAACAUUACCUGUGUGGGCUGCUCUGCUCCAUUUUACCUUUUCUAAGUCAGAUCUGAGUAUUAAACCAGUUCCUUAAUUAAAGUAAAUUCAUAAGUACUGUUCUAAAUUGGAGACAUUAUUUAUCCCUCUACACUUCUACAAACAAGACACCACAGGUCGCAAAGGGGUAAUGCAUGUCCUUUUUCAUCACAUCUCCCCAUACAGUGCCUCCUCUGAUCUGUUUCUAUUAUAGCCUUAGACGCAGUGAAUGUCACUUUGCUAUUCCAUUAUUUCCUUUCUCUCCUUUCCUUACAUUUCUGAAAUUUUGCUGCUUUUCUCUUGUGUGUGUUUUACCAUGCCCUUUCCUUGGAACUUAGUAUGAGAAGCUUAUAAACCUUUGUCUCUUUUAAAGUGGAACAGAUCAUUUUUGGUUCUCUGCUUGAGUCCACUGCUUUUAAAAGAGGUAAAUUUCUCUCUCGACCACAGUGCCUUGCUUCCCCAACACCACCAUUUGGUGAAGGGGCAUCAGAUGCUGCACAAGCCUAUAUAAGGCGCUAUUAUGGUAGCUGUUAAAAUUUAUGCAGAAAUUGUACCCGGUGUUUUAUCUUAUUAUAUAUUCAUUCAACUUGUGCAUUAAUAUUAACUAUUUCCCAAGUUUGUUUGGAAGUGACAGUUGAUCUGUUCUUUCGUUUACCGUGUUUUUUUCUGGGAUAAAAAGCCAGAAGUACGUCUCAUUGGUAAGUAAUUAAUUAUGUAAACCCAUGUAGGUCCCACACAAGAUUCCCUCCACACAAUUCACUAUGUGUAUGUGGAUUUGGCUAGAAAGUGGUAACUGCCAGCAUUACUGAUUAUAAAUACUUGACUACACAGAUUGAUGGAACAAAAUUAUUAAAGUGUUUUCAGGGAAUUGAAUCCAUAUGUCACCACCAAAGAUUCCUACAGUGUUAUAAAAUAUGUAAAUAUUCCAAAUUUCUGUAAAACCCUGGUUAGAUAAAUAUGUCUUCGUUCAUUUCCUUUUUUGAAAUAACAUAGUUUGAGCUUCUGUAAUACUUGAACUUUUGUGUUGUUAAAAAUAAUCCAAUGCUAUCUUCUAUUAAAUAUCAGUAAUUUGUAUGUUUAAUUGGAGUGAACUGAAUUUUUAUUUUGAUUUUCUUUUGUCAGGAAAAUUAAGGAGUUAAUAUGUAUUGACAAGCAACUCCCUACAUGUUCCUAUAGGCUGAUUCAUUUCCAAAGCAAUUAAGCAAUUUUGAGAUCAUUGUUUCUAUUAUAUGCAGUGUAUAUUUCUUAGUAAAUAUCAUUUAAGAGUAAAACUUUCUGAAAAAAAUACAGCUUUUUCUUCUAAAUGGUUAAGAUUUAAUCUUCUAGUAGCAUCCUACAGAUUUGUUGUAUAUUAACUUUUUAAAAAUUGAGAAUGAAUUAACAUUUUCUCCUAACACCUCUUAAAUCUGUAUACUUUCAUAGUUAAAAGAAAGCAGUUUUGUAAUUUUUUAAACUCUUUGUAAAGGCUCUCUUUAGGCCCAGUAUGGGGAUAACUUUACAAAUGUGUUUUUUGAAAACUUUAAUAUAAAAUAAACUCAUUUUAUUAGUGA